ACGCGGAGGCUUCGCUGAGAGGGCACGGGCGGUCGCGAGCACAUUGCUAGUGGGCGCGGCUGGCGGGCUGGAGGCGGUAGGGCGCUAGCGUCCGGCCGAGUCCCGCGGGUUCCGGCACCCGGACCCACACUCGGUCGGGGUACUCUGCUGAGUAACACUGCCUUGGCAUUCGAGGAGCUGUGGUCCGGCCUGCGCGGCGGGAAGCGGCGGCGACGGCCCCAGCGUCCUAAGAGGACUUGCGACAGGGGUGCCCUGUUUACUCGGCCUGCCCCACUCAACCCCACACAGGAGGGAGCAUGUGAGCAGAUGAGCGUGGGAACCGGCCAGCCGUGCCGCCAGCAGGAGCAAAGUCUGUCCGCUGCGCUCCACCCAUCACGGGAGAAAGCGCGCAUGCGAAAGCUGAAACCCAUCAACCCUCUUCAAAAUGCAAUGGAAUGUACCACGGACUGUAUCUCGACUGGCACGCAGGACAUGCUUGGAACCACAUAAUGCUGGUCUUUUUGGACGCUGUCAAAAUGUAAAGGGACCUUUACUUUUGUACAAUACUGAAUCCAAAGUGGUUUUGGUACAAGGCCCUCAAAAACAGUGGUUGAAUUUAUCUGCUGCCCAGUGUGUUGCAAAGCAAAGGAGGCCAUUGGAUGCUCAUUCACCCCAACCAGGAGUCCUUCGCCAUAAGCAAGGGAAGCAACAGGUUUCAUUCAAGAGGGUUUUUUCAUCCAGUGGCUCAGCUCAGGGAACUCCAGAAAAAAAGGAAGAGCCUGAUCCUUUGCAAGAUAAAUCUAUUAGUCUUUAUCAACGAUUCAAGAAGACAUUUAGACAGUAUGGAAAAGUUCUGAUUCCAGUGCAUCUAAUUACUUCUGGUGUUUGGUUUGGAACGUUUUAUUAUGCGGCCUUGAAAGGAGUGAAUGUCGUUCCUUUUCUAGAACUCAUUGGGUUACCUGACAGUGUGGUAAGCAUCCUGAAAAACUCCCAGAGUGGAAAUGCACUCACAGCAUAUGCCUUGUUUAAGAUUGCAACACCUGCUCGGUAUACCGUGACUUUGGGAGGAACAUCCUUCACUGUGAAGUACCUGCGCAGUCAUGGCUACAUGUCCACGCCACCACCCGUCAAGGAGUAUCUACAGGACAGGAUGGAGGAAACAAAGGAGCUUAUCACAGAGAAGAUGGAAGAAACAAAAGAUAGACUCACUGAAAAGUUACAAGAAACCAAAGAAAAAGUUUCCUUUAAGAAAAAAGCGGAAUAAGGUGCCUUAUAGCAGUAUAGAAAAUUCCUGCACUUUAACCCUUUGGAAACUAUGGGCAAAGAUACAUGUGUCUGAUUAGUUUUUUGGUUAGUCGCCUAAAUAUACUAGUUCUCUGAGGGUUAAAGAAGUAAAAUACCUUUUUAAAGUUAAAUAUCACUAGAAAAAUCAGUGUUAUUACAAGGAAAGAAAUGAACCCAGUGUAAGAAUUUCCCAUCAGUAGCAGUAUUAAGCAGUGGUGAACGUCUUAGAAGUCAUACUUCUUUUUCAAGGUCUUCAGAACCACACUUGAUUUCUGUUUUGUUGCAGCUGUAAUUGACGCACACUGUAGGCAGCUGACUCCUUGAAUAACCAGUGUGACCCAUAAAAUAGGCUGUUAAUACUGGAUCUUAAUUUUUAUGUUAUUCAUUAAGGUUUUAACUAUAUUCAGUAUGUAAUUUGGAGACAAACUAGCAUCAUCAAAACUGCCUGUGAAUAAGAAGAUAUUUACUCUUUCUAUAAAAACAGAAUAGAGCAGUUACCUACCAGUUAAAAUCUCCUAUAUGAAGAAAAUAAAGAUUCAGUCAUAUAUAUGUAAAUACGAUGUAUUGAUUGUACGAAAAUGAAAAAUGGACCCUUUAAAAAUUAUUUUUACCUGAAGCGUAUCAUAUUUUUUUUAAGCAAAUAUGUAUGUGGUGAUGGUAUUUUUCGAAGUGUGUAUUGGUGGUGAUCGCCUCAAACAUAAACCUCUCGUGAAUUAUUUGUGUCCUUCUCAGCUAAUCUUUCAGAGGAAAGGUGAACAAUCAUUAAACCUUAAAUUUAUUGUUAAA